UAUAUUCUUAUAACAAUUAUUUUGUUCUUCUUUUUAAUCGACAGUAAAGGAGUUAUUGAUAUACAUUUUUGAUCCUUUUUGAGCAUUUUCUUUAUCUUGCAAGAGCAUGCUGUUCUGAUGCCAUAUGAGUGAUUUUACUUGAGGUGACAAGGGAGAAAGCGACAUGGAGACUUUCACGUUACACGAAAUGCUCAUUAAUUCGACUGAUCUUAACCAGAUUUUAUGUAAUUUCGGGAUCAACAUUUCGGAGUGCCAGAGCGAGCAGGAGCCGUCACCCGAAACAAAAGUUUGUCUCCCUCUCCUUUCAGACAUCAACCAGACAGUGCGGAUCAUCCUCUACAGCCUCAUCUUCCUCCUCAGCGUUCUGGGUAACAGCCUCAUCAUCGGGGUCCUGGUGAGGAACAGGCGCAUGAGGACCGUUACCAACCUGUUCCUGCUGUCCCUCUCCAUCAGCGACCUGAUGGUGUCCCUGUUCUGCAUCCCCUUCACCCUCAUCCCCAACCUCAUGAGGGACUUCAUCUUCGGCACCGGCACAUGCAAGCUGGUCAUGUACUUCAUGGGUGUCUCUGUGUGUGUUUCCACCUUCAACUUGGUGGCCAUUUCCCUGGAGCGCUACAGUGCCAUUUGCAACCCGCUGACUUCGAGGACGUGGCAAACCAAAUCUCACGCCGCCAAGGUCAUCACUGCCACUUGGGUUGUGUCCUUCAUCCUGAUGCUGCCGUACCCCAUUUCUAGCAACCUCAAGCCUUUCACGCGCUACAACAACAGCACCGGGUACAUGUGCCGCCUGGUGUGGCCCAACGACGUCAUCCAGCAGUCCUGGUACGUGUGCCUGUUGUUGAUGCUCUUCCUGAUCCCCGGGAUCAUCAUGAUGACAGCCUACGGACUCAUUUGCGUGGAGCUUUACCGUGGCAUCUCGUUUGAGCUGUCCAGCAGAAAGUCUAUCAGAGAAAGACAAUCCAGCACUGGCAGCAUAAAGCCUGGUGACAGUGACGGGUGUUACAUGCAGCAGUCCAAAAGGAAGAGCAUCACUGGGGGUGGAGGCAGCUCCAGCAUCAAGCCCAAAGCAGAGCGUGUGUGCAGCAGCAGCUCCACAGCCAACCUGAUGGCUAAGAAGCGUGUGAUCCGCAUGCUCCUGGUCAUCGUCUUCCUCUUCUUCCUGUGCUGGACCCCCAUCUUCGUGGUCAACGCGUGGCAGGCUUUCGACCGGCGCUCGGCCUACCGCCUCACUGGGGCGCCCAUCUCCUACAUCCACCUGCUGUCCUACACCUCGGCCUGCGUCAACCCCAUCAUCUACUGCUUCAUGAACAAGCGCUUCCGCCAAGGCAUGCUGGCCACGUUCACCUGCUGCAGCUGCCUGAGGAGCAGCGGUGGCCUGGGGAGGUCGGCUGGAAGCGGGACCGCUAAAGGGGAAUUGGGCAGAUUAAGAGCGGGGCCAAAAACCCCCGAGCAGAAUGGUCAUACCCCGCCAAGCGGAGCCAACACACACUUCACCUACACCGGCAUCCGUCCGUCAGCCUGGAGUGAGCUGACCUAAACUCGAUCGAUGUGUGUGCAAACAGUUAAAAAAUGAGUUGUUUUAAUGUCAAGCCUUCACAGUGCUUAUGUCACUAGUUUAUAAGCAGCUAUGGCACCGAAAGCUACAGUGUCCAAGCUGGUUGACCUGAUCAUGUUAAGCCUUAAAAGGGCCUCACAAAGCAGAACAAUCGUUUUUUUGGUUUUCCACCGUUUAAAAACUCUGUCUACAAAUGUUACAUUCCCAUACGACUGAACUGCAUUUUCAAUUAUGCUUCAGGUAAACAUAUUUUCUUCCAGAUUGCGGACCCAGUUUCAAACAGUUGGUAACAAAACGAAACAACAAUAGUUAUUGGUUACGUUUAGUAAAAGAUCAAGAUUUGGCUCAAAAUAAUAGACCGCACGAUAAAAUCAGUUUAUCAAAAUUACAAAAAAGUAUAAAUAUUCUUACUUACCAAUCUUGAAAACAGUUCACACCAAGAUCUGCACAUUUUAGGCAGCAAUCUGAUGCCACACAAGGACCAAAGUGGACCCUCAAGGAUGUGUUGGAAUUAGCCUGUAUAGCCAGGCAGUUAGCUUAGCUAUUAGCUAACUGCUAAUUACUUCUAGCAACACUAAGACAAAAGUAGAAAAACAUCAAAUAAGGGGGAAAAAGGAGUAAGCUGUUCCUAUAUACAAAAGUCCUUUAUGCUAAGCUAUGCUAAUCACCUCCUGUUGCUAGCUCCAUUUGAUGGAAAUAACUGCAAACUGAUGGCUGCCUAGAAGGCGGGAAAAUACAUUAAAGAAAGAUCUUCAACACCAAAUGGUCAGCUCUGAUGUGAGCAUUUCAUCAUAACAGCGAUGACUGCUAUGGUCCUUUAAAAUCAGACUUGUGUGUAAACAGGCUUUGUAUCUGUCGUGUACACUGCAGCAUUGGCCGCCAGUCACAAUGCAACUGUAAUCGGCAGCUUCAAAACAGUCCUGCGGUGCACAAAUAGUGCUGCUCUUGUCCUUGACCUAAUGUGUGUGUGUGGGUAUAUGUAUGUGUGUGUGUCUACAUGGGCUGUACUGUGCUAUGGGAGCUGGAGAGGCCUUAUCAUGUAGUGGGACUUUGAACACCUGUCCUGUAUCCCCUCUAUCUUCUUCAAAGAGUGAAUUCCCGGCACCUGAUUCCAACUGUUAAAUAUAGCAGCGUUCAUGUAGCAACUUUUUGUUUUCUUGUUUCUGUAUGUCAAUGUUGUAUAAAUUCCUAUUUACAGUGUAGGUUUGAUGCAUUUCUGAAUAUUUUCGAGUUGUUUUAUUGCAUGAAGAUGUGCCUAUUUUGACACAAGUCCUUUUAAAUAUGAACACAAUUGAAUGUAAUCAAUCGUUUUACAGGUUUAUAUACAUCUGAUAGUUGUUUCGGGGGUUGUAUUGGGUUCUUUUUGUUAUAGACACACAAGCCAUCUCUGAAAAACCAGCGUCUGGUUGACCAUAUAAAGACCUGCGUCUGCGAAGGCUCAGGGCAAAGUAACGUGGAGCUUUUAACGGCGUUAUCGAAAGUGGAUCCAAAAAGGACAAAGGGCAUUAGACGAGGUGGAAAAAGAAUAGGCUCUAUAUUCUGGGACUUCUUCCCAAGGAUACGAGCUCCAUUUGGGCUUGGAGGAUGCUAGAAGCCCUGAGAGAGCGUAUCUGUCACUGGAGGAAGAAAAGACUGGGUUAUUCAUUCAUUCUGUAAAAGUGUAUUAAACAAUGCUUCUCUACGCUUCUGAUGACAAUUAAAAACAUAACACAAAGCAA